AUGCCAGCUACAACGUUACCGCCAUGGGCGAUUGAGCUCAAGAACCCCCCACCAUAUAAGCCCAAAUCGUCGAUCCCCGACCCCCCUGGCUAUCCCUCUUCGCAACCCUCAAACUCCAAAAAAGACAAGAAAACUGCCCCCAAACGCGACCCUCCAUCUCCCGAAGAAAUGGACACCCUCAAACUCAAAAAGGCCUGGGAGGUUGCCCUCGCCCCGAUCAAGUCUCUUCCCAUGACCGCUAUCAUGAUGUACAUGUCCGGCAACUCGCUCCAAAUAUUCAGCAUCAUGAUGAUUGUUAUGGCUUUCAAGAACCCUAUUAUGGGAAUACUCGGCACGAACCAGGCGUUUGAGCGGUUCGAGACGGAGACUAACAAGGGCAAGGUGCUGCAGGUGAAGCUCGUCUAUGUGGUCAUGCAAAUCGUGGCGCUUGCGCUGGGCGUUUGGAAGGUGAAUGGGAUGGGACUGUUGCCUACGACGAGGAGCGAUUGGUUGGCGUGGGAGGCGCAGAGGGAGCCGGUGGAAUUUGCGGUGCCAGGUUUAUGA